AUGCAGCAGGACAGUGAACACUACCUGACUGGAGCAUAUGUGGAGAUGAGAAAGGAGGCCAGGAAUAGCAAGGACACGACCUUCACCUCUGCAAGGUCACUGUUGGCCAUACUGAGGCUGUCCACUGCUCUGGCGCGGCUCAGACUUGCUGAUGUCGUUGAGAAGGAAGAUGUGAAUGAAGCCAUGCGGCUUAUUGAGAUGUCGAAGGAAUCCCUGAGUACAGAGGAGACGGCCGGGAGGAAACAAAAUUGGAAGGACCAAGUUUUCAACCUGGUGAAGGAAAUGGCGCCAGCCAAGGGGGCAAAGUCCAUCAAGAUGGCCGACAUCAUGGAGCGCUGUGCUUCUAAAGGAUUCAAGCCUCACCAGGUUGAAGAGUGUAUUGAGGAGUACGAGGAGCUUAACGUCUGGCAGGUGAAUACGGCCAAGACCAGGCUGACCAUACUGUAAAGAACCUGACCCUCUUGUACAGAACUUGACCAUCUUUUACAGACCUUGACCGUCUUUUACAGACCUUGACCAAACCAAACGAGGGAACAAAAAGAGAAACUGGCUUUGACAAGAAUUAGUGUUUCUGUGUGAUUUUUCUUUUCUUAUGUACAAUUGUAAUCACAUUGGAAUACCAAACUGCAGUUUUUAUGAAUAAAGAAUCUCUGAUCUUUGAAAAACAAGCUGGUAUAACUCUCCAGUUUUAAAGGUAACAAUGAGACAAAGACGUUGGAACAUUCUGGCAUAGAAUUUAGUUUGAAGGUUUGAAUAAAUCCUGAAGUAUUCAUUUAAAAAAUAGGUCAUGUCACCUGUGAUGGGGUUUGGCUGAACUGGAGUAAGAUGUAUCUUGAUCUAGGUCAUAUCCUUGGUGUGCAUAGAAACUGCCUGCUGUUUAUAAUAUUUGCACCUUGACGGAACUUCGUUGUCACAGACAUUUUAGAUGGUUUGUACAUAAGUGAACUUGGUCCAGUAGAAUGUAUUGCUACAUGAUCCUGUACAUUUUGAACAUUAGAUGCAAUAUUUUAUUGGCUAUGUAUAUAGAGACUUUGUUGUGUAGUCAUAUCACACAUGGAUUACUAAAACAAUGAUGUUGUGUGAUGGGUUAUUUAUCACUGCAAAUAAAUAAGCAGACUUGGGAUUUUAA